GGACUUUUUGAAAGGCGUCCGUGCUUAAAAACGUAUGGCUCUCGCCACUGGACUGCUACUUCGGACGCUGUCCACUCCGCCCCUAAAAACCCUAACCCUAAGCCCGUUUCUUUCCCUAAAAGAACCCUUAUACUCUGCAACUCGCCAUUAUUCCUCCUACUUUCGUCUCUCUCCACGGCUCGACCUUUGUUUUAGAGAGAGAAGUGAAAGAAGAACAGGAAGAGGAAGCAGUUUUGUGUUGGUGAGAGCGGCCAGAGCAGAGUCAGUUGGCGUCUCCAUGGGUUUUAGAGCUCCAGAGUUUGAGCUUCCUGAGCCACUGACAGGGAAAGUGUGGAAGCUGGCCGAUUUUGAAUCCUAUCCUGCUUUACUGGUGAUGUUCAUUUGUAACCAUUGUCCUUUUGUUAUACACCUGAAGAAAGAUAUUGUUAAACUUACGAAUUUCUAUAUGCAGAAGGGUCUUGCAGUUGUGGCGAUCUCUGCAAACUCUGUACUUGGUUACCCUCAGGAUGGACCAGAGUUCAUGGCAGAAGAUGCUAAGCAGUAUAACUAUUCCUUUCCAUAUCUCUAUGAUGAGUCACAAGAAGUUGCACGUGCUUUUGGAGCUAAAUGCACCCCAGAGUUCUUCCUCUUCAAAAAGGAUGGAAGAAGACCAUUUGAGCUUGUAUACCAUGGACAGUUUGAUGAUUCACGCCCCAGUCAUAAAAUACCUGUUACAGGAAGGGAUUUGAGUCAGGCAAUAGAUUGCGUACUCAGUGGACAGCCUGUACCUGCCGAGCAAAAGCCAAGUAUUGGCUGCAGCAUUAAAUGGCACCCUGCAAAAUCCCUGUGACCUGCUGUGGUCGGCUAGACAUUCUUAUAAUCGUCUUGAUCUAUUGCUUAUUGAGAAUGAAAAUCUUGUCCUGUUGAUGGAGGGUUCUUGAUUACUAGUCAGGAAUAAAGGUAGAAUAAUAGAUCUAUCUGUUUCGUACUACAAUUAUAAAUUAUAACUUGUGUCGGGAAAGAAACUCCUUUUUUAUUACUUCAAUACCAAUCAGCUAAAUACUUGUUGGCUACAAAUCGAUCUGUUUCACUUAUCUGUAAUUCAUGGGAGUGUCUUUUUAUUUACUCAUCCAUGAUGGUUAUUUACGUAUUCUCACUCCUUUUUCUAUUGCUUUAGACUAGUGUGAUAUCCCUAUGCAUAAGGGAGGUCCAAUGUUGGUGUUUGAACUUUGGAGUUUCUCCAUGAAAACCAAGCUUGCUUACUUUA